AUGGCCUCUCUGCCGGUGACAGAUGGCGGCAGGAUCCUAACCGAUGCUUGGGACUACAAGGGGCGCCCCGCCAUCCGCUCACAGACCGGGGGCUGGACUAGCGCCUCCACCAUCCUAGGUUCUCUCUCUCUCUCUCUCCUUCUCUCCCUAUCUCACUCUCCGCCCCCCUCCCCCCCCCGCCCUUUAUCUCCCUCCUCGCUAAAGAUGAACAACUGCAGUGGUGGAGCUGAACGAGCGGUUAACAUCGCUGGGAAUCGCGGUGAACCUGGUGACCUACAUGACGGGCACGAUGCACCUCGGCAAUGCCGUGGCCGCAAACACAGUCACCAACUUUCUUGGCACCUCGUUCAUUCUCUGCCUCCUCGGCGGCUUCAUCGCCGAUACCUUCCUCGGCAGGUGAAGCGAAAUGGCUGCGUUGCUCAUUUGUGAAUCUCUACAAACGAUGUUUGUAGUCAUCUUCCUCUGCCUCACACGAGUACUCUCUACCAGGUAUCUCACCAUCGCCAUCUUCGCCGCCGUCCAAGCGACAGUAAGAACCUCUCUCUCUCUCUCUCUCUCUCUCUCUCUCUCUCUCUCUCCGUCUAGUUGUUUUAGUCGUCUCAGCGAAAUUUCUAUCGUCGAUUGAUGUAUUCAUCAGAAAAUUUAUCACUGAAGGGAGUAACCAUCCUGACAAUCUCGACGGCCGUUCCCGGCCUCCGUCCGCCAAGUUGCGUCCCUUCCUCCGACUCCUGCAUACCAGCCAGUGGUAUACAGCUUGCGGUGCUGUAUCUCGCCCUCUACAUGACGGCCCUCGGCACGGGUGGUCUCAAGUCCAGCGUCUCCGGCUUCGGAUCAGACCAGUUCGACGAGUCGAACCCGUGGGAGAAGAACAGGAUGAUGAAAUUCUUCAACUAUUUCUUCUUCCUCAUCAGCCUCGGCUCCCUGGUCGCGGUGACGGUCCUCGUCUACGUCCAGGACAACCUGGGUAGGCGGUGGGGCUACGGCAUAUGCGCCACCUCCAUCCUGAUCGGGCUGCUCGUGUUCCUCUCCGGUACUCGCCGAUAUCGCUUCAAGAAGCUGGUCGGAAGCCCUCUGACCCAGAUCUUCUCCGUCGUCGUGGUGGCGUGGAGAAACCGGCGGCUUCCACUGCCGUCGGAGGCGGCGCUGCUCUACGAUGUCGGCGAGCAGGCCAAGUUGGAUGGGAGACAGGGCGAGACAAAGCAGCCCUUGCCCCAUACCAAACAGUUCCGGUGAGAAAUCUAUCUUUCCAGGACUGAGAUAAUCUCCUCGCUCACGUGUUCGAUAGAUGUUUCGGAAUCUAGUCAAUUACUUCUGCCUUGAUCUCUGCAGUUUCCUGGACCGUGCCGCCAUUAAGAGAGGGGAAGCGUCGCCCCCGAGCAGGUGGCGGCUGAACACGCUGACGGACGUGGAGGAGGUGAAGAUGGUGGUGCGGAUGCUACCCAUCUGGGCCACCACCAUCAUGUUCUGGACUGUCUACGCCCAGAUGACCACCUUCUCCGUGUCCCAAGCCACCACCAUGGACCGCAGGGUUGCGGGCUCCUUCGAGAUCCCACCGGGCUCACUGACGGUCUUCUUCGUCCUCUCCAUCCUCCUCACAGUGCCCUUCUACGACCGCCUGGUCGUCCCCGUCUUCCGCCACUUCACCGGCAACUCGCAGGGCCUGACGCCGCUCCAGCGCAUCGGCGUGGGGCUGGUCCUCUCCGCCAUGGCCAUGGUCGCAGCUGCGCUAACCGAGAUCAAGCGUCAGCGGGUGGCCACCACCGUGGUCGACCCCCACGGACCGGUGCCCAUGAGCGUGUUCUGGCUGAUACCGCAGUUCCUUCUCGUCGGGUCGGGGGAGGCCUUCGCAUACAUUGGCCAGCUGGACUUCUUCCUCAGGGAGUGCCCCAGCGGGAUGAAGACCAUGAGCACGGGGCUGUUCCUCAGUACGCUGUCGCUCGGCUUCUUCCUCAGCUCCGCACUAGUGACUAUCGUCGACCGCGUAACGGGGCACGGCGGGCACCGCUCGUGGCUGGCUGACGAUCUCAACCAUGGGAGGCUCUACGACUUCUAUUGGCUACUGGCGGUGCUCAGCGUGCUCAACCUCAUCGUCUAUUUAGUCUCCGCUCGGUGGUACGUCUACAGGGAACGAGGAGAGUCGCCAGCAGACGACGGCAACCUCGGAGUCGAGCUCAGGGACGCCGAAACGAGCCACCACGGCUGA